AUGUGUGACAUAGGCGAUCAAGACGACUUGUUUAGAUAUACCUCGGGUCGGUGGUUGAUCAAUGAAAAGUAUCAACUAGAGCAGCGUUUUGUCAAGUUCAAUGUCAACAAUCUUUGCUCUCAAGCUGCUUCACUAUUUGGCCCCAAAGCGAGAUGCAUACGCAUUGCCAAAAUGGGGGGAAACUUUAACAAGGCGUUCCUCCUUACGAUGAAUGAUGGCAACGAAGUUAUAGCAAAGAUCCCGUGUCCAAACUCUGGGACGCCAGUGUUGACAACGACGUCCGAAGUAGCGACGUUAAAGUUUUUGCGGUCUCGCAUAUCGAUUCGAGUCCCAGAAGUGUACGCUUGGAAAUCAGACCCAACAAACCCAGUCGGCGCGGAAUAUAUCAUCAUGGAAAAGAUCCGUGGAGUGCCUCUUGCAGAAAGAUGGGAGACAAUGAAUACCUUGGAACGCUAUCAAAUUAUCGACAGGAUUGUGGAGAUGGAGAAAGAGCUUCUCAGUUUGAAGUUCCCAGCAUACGGAAGCCUCUUUCUACAAGAUUCCCUGCCAUCUGAAUAUCGUCGGUGUCCUCUUCCCACGGAUUUAGAUCCGACUGGGCUAUUUUACAUCGGACCGUCGUGCAGCCGAGCCCAUAAGGCUUCCUUCGAUAUAUCCAAUUCCAAUAUCGGGCCGUGGACUUCGAUUUUGGACUUUGCGCUCUCGAUACCACACCGAGAACUAGCCCUCGUUGCCAACAAUAGGGAAAAGGUGCAGCACCAUCUGACACACUUCAGUGAGGACCAGUCUGCCGACGAAUAUUGUGAUCUUUUGCAGAAGGUGCUGCUGGUACUCCCAGCUCUCUCUCGCCAUCCACAGGUGCUAGCAAGAGCAGGUUCGACUAUUUGGCAUACGGACUUGCAUCUCGGGAAUAUUUAUGUCUCCACGGAUGAUCCGACUACAAUCGAGGGCGUGAUUGAUUGGCAGUCAGCCCAGGCUGCUCCUCUCUUUAUACAGGCACAGUUUCCCGAAUUCCUUCGACCACCUAAAGACUACAGUCCAGGAACUGAGAUUCCCGCUUUACCGGAUAAUUUCGACGAGCUGGAUCCUGAUGAAAGAGUAAGGGCUACGAAGGAACAGACAUUAGCCGCGCAAUCGAAGUACUAUGAAAUGUUCUGUCUUGCAUACAACAAACCUGUCUACGAUGCGAUGGAACUGGAUCGACGACUGUGGGAGCCCUUUACUUGCUGCCAGCUUUUCUCACAUGGCUCCUUGGUCCCACUGAGAAAUGCCCUGAUACGACUUUCUCAGGACUGGGAUCUUCUCGGGCUUCCAGGCAGGUGUCCUUUUGAGUUCACUGAAGAAGAUAUAAAACGGCAUAAUGGUCAGGUCCAACAGUACGAAUGUGCAAUCAACACGAGGGAAUGA